AUGUCUUCCCUUACUACCUCUCACGCAGGCAAAACUUACAUCUUGACCGGUGGCUGUUCAGGAAUUGGCCUCGCGAUCCUCAAUAUUCUCCUGUCUCAGUCCGCCACCGUCCACGUCCUCGACAUCUCAUCCACCCCACCACAAAUAUCCGCACACCUCCCCCAGAAGAACGUCCACUUCUACCCCAAUACCGACGUCUCCUCCCGCCCCUCAGUUCACAACGCCUUUACGAAGAUCCUCACCAUCACCCCUACCAUCGACGGCCUCAUCAACAACGCCGGAAUUGCCAGUCUGCCUCCUGUAUCAGGCAUGGAAUCCGACGAAUCAUUCGACCGAACCAUGGAAGUCAAUGUCCGUGGCGUGUGGAACACGGGCACCGAAUAUCUUUCUCGCAUCCUACCCACCCCUGACCCAAGCAGCCCGGAUACAGACGAUACAGGACCAACCGAGGGCAAAGGUGUGAUUGUGAAUAUUGCCUCUACAGCAGCGAUUCAAGCAUCUAUUGGAUUCGUGUCAUACACGGUGAGUAAACAUGCCGUGCUGGGAAUGACGAGGGCAUGGGCAGCGAACUUCGCCCACCGGGGGGUACGAGUUAAUUGCGUGGCCCCUGGGGGUACGGAUACACCGCUAGUGAGCGGUAUUCUGGAUGAGAAGGGAAAGGAAAGUUAUAUCAGUCGAGUGCCGAUGGGGAGGUUGGCAAGACCGGAGGAGAUCGCGAAUGCGGUGGGAUUCUUGCUGGGGGGAGAGUCGAGUUUCAUGACGGGUCAGGUGGUCGUCGUAGAUGGGGGGAGGUAUGUUUGA